CCGCAUCUUUGCGCAGUCGCUCACUUAACAAAUCCAUUUUAUCAGCAGCCACUUUUUGGCAGUGAGUUGUGGAUACGACAAGAAGGGCCGAUUCACUCUACCAAAGAUGUUUUCGAGGUUUUUCAACAAAGCCUCUUGCCAGGCCUCGCAAGAUUCCGCAAUCGAAGCACCCAUGGCCCCUAUCACCACAGACAACUCUCCGAAAAAUCUAGUUCAAUCACUAGUCGCCGGCAGGCAAAUUGCUGCCGCUGCUGCUGCAGAAGGAGACAGUUGUGAAUUCGGUUCUGCCCAUUACUUUGCCUUGUGCGGUCUGGGAGGUAUUUUGUCUUGUGGUAUCACUCACACAGCGGUGGUACCUCUAGAUUUAGUAAAAUGUCGUAUCCAAGUCGAUCCGGCCAAAUACAAGAGCGUUUUCAACGGAUUCCGUGUAACGCUGAAAGAAGACGGUGCAAGAGGUCUGGCUAAGGGUUGGGCGCCUACAUUCUUUGGAUACUCGGCUCAAGGUCUUUGCAAGUUCGGUUUAUAUGAAGUAUUCAAAGUGAUGUAUACUGAUAUGAUCGGCGAUGAGAAUGCCUACUUGUACAGAACGUGGUUGUAUUUGUCGGCCUCCGCUUCUGCUGAAUUCUUCGCCGAUAUCGCCCUAUCUCCUAUGGAGGCUGCUAAGGUGAAGAUCCAAACUACGCCAGGAUUCGCGAAUACUCUACGCGAGGCUUGGCCCAAGAUUUACAGAGAAGAGGGUCUUAACGGUUUCUAUAAAUCAUUGGUGCCUCUAUGGAUGAGACAGAUUCCUUACACGAUGAUGAAGUUUGCUUGCUUUGAACGAACUGUGGAGCUUCUCUACAAGUAUGUCGUUCCCAAGCCGAGAGCGGAUUGCACUAAAGGUGAACAACUGGUUGUUACCUUUGCUGCCGGUUACAUUGCUGGAGUAUUCUGUGCAAUUGUAUCUCAUCCCGCUGACACUGUUGUUAGUAAGUUGAAUCAAGAGAAAGGAGCCACGGCCUUGAGUGCUGCUAAGAAGUUAGGAUUCGCCGGUCUGUGGAAGGGAUUGACUCCUAGGAUUGUUAUGAUUGGUACAUUGACUGCCUUACAAUGGUUCAUUUACGAUGCCUUUAAGGUUGCCAUGAGAAUGCCGCGUCCGCCACCACCAGAAAUGCCAGAAUCCCUUAAAAAGAAAUUAGAAGGCAAAACCGAGUAAACCAAUUUUAACUAAUUAAAGUUUAAUUUAUGAUUUUUAUUUUCAGAGAGAGAAACAGAAAGUAUUUCCAUUAUUAGUGUGGCGUAACUAUUAUUAUAUUGUAUUGUUGAUUAUCACCAGUCCUGAAGAAUAUUAUUUUGAUAUCUUAAGUUAAUUAAUCUGUAGAUUGUAAAUAGUUUAAUCAGUAUACACAUUGAACUUGAUUUUUAUGUCUUUUACUUCUAUUUCUUUGUUAUUGUACAUCCAUACACUGGUGAUAAAUUAAAAUCGAUAAAUUAAAAAUUAUGUUUGUAUAAUUUAUCCUAACUGAAAAAAUAAAUCGUAAAUCGUCUAAAAAUAACAUUAAAAGUAUUU